CCCCCAACGACACCAUCAGCGCCCUCCUCUCCACCCCGACCGCGCUCUACACCACGGCCUCCAUGGGCGGCACCUCGCUCAAACCGCCCGGACGCAUUUCCUCCUGCGCACAUUAUAGUGCGUCCAUUGCGUCCAUCCACGCCCGCCGCGUCGUCACAUCACCCCCGGGUGGUCACAUCACCAAUCGGAGCGACGGACAAACUCCGAAGUGGGCCCCAAUUACCACUGAUGGCUGGCUGACCAGAUGGUAUCGUUCCGCGGCACCGAACGCGUUGGUGUAUGCUGCCACUGAGAUAACGCCGGUGAGAAAGAAAGACAAAGUGGCGUACGUCCCAUCUGGAAAACAAGUCACGCUAUCGGCGGGUGACCUGUGAUUGGAGGACAGGCAAGGAAAACCGCUCUUUGCCGUCUUUCACGGCCAGAUGGCACGGGAUUAUCUGGACCAAAGUCAAAACCCUUCACAACGCUCAGCAACUCCGUCCGUCAAGGGUGAGCAUUUCGGGCUCACCCCUGAGCAGGAUGCAGUUGUGACGCAGACUCUCUGGCGCCUGUAUCAGGACCGCUCCGACAUACCAGCAAGGGCAAAAUCGUCUAACGUUCGAUACGACGGCACCACCGAUACUACCAUCUUCAAUGCCGGUAUACAUAUCCCGCACGGUUCCGUGGCACAGAUCCCCGUGCCGACGAAGGAGACUAGGGACCACGAGAAGGCUUGGGCUGAAAUCGUGAACGUCUUCCAGGAGACUGGGGCAUCGUCGAAGCUCUGCGAUGUUAAAGAUUUCUUGGAGGGCACUGACUGGCGUUCCAUCCUCUCCAGCACUAUCCCCGCCGAACUCCUACACUACAUUGGAGGCGACCCGACAAAGCCAGAGGACCUGGUGAUGCCCGGAUGUUUCUGCGCCGUGAAUUUCAACAACGUUUGUCGCACCCAUUUCGACACGCAGAAUCACGAUUGGUGUCUGAUGACGGCGCAUGGAUGGUUCCUUCGCGGGGAGUUGAUUCUUCAAAUGGACAACGGUACGGAGUAUUUGGGGCCGAUCUGGCCAGGCGACACCGUAGCCGGCUUGAUGCACUGUAUUCGGCACAGGAGCUCAGCAUUUGAGGGGAAAUUCCGUGGAACUGUCGUUUGGACGGUGAAGAAACAACUACGCGACUUGAGGAACAAGCAUCCCCUGCCCCCGUUGGGAGUGGCCCCGUGCUCCCAACGACCUCUACCUCUGGGCCGGCAAUGUGGAAAGGCGAGCCGUGGCCAAAGGUGGAUGAAGAACACCUCGUCUUCCUUGAACGCGUAAUCGGCAGCACGAAU